AUGCCACCUCCGCGGCUGGUAUUCUUCCUCACGGUGGCCAUUGGCCUUCCCACCCUACUUACCUUCAUCUCACUCCUACGUACUCAUCCAAGAAGUAAAUACGCCUCAGAAGAUGAACCUAGAACUGGCCUCGGUGCAUUAUUCUCCUUUCACACACCUUCAAGUCUCUUCCCUCCAUCCGCCAUCAUAUCUCUCACAGACGAUAAUUCGACGUUCUUUCUCUCGCGACCUGCAGAUUUCGGACCAUCUUUACAGUCUGAUGGCUUGAGCGGUCCACUAUGGAUCGGAAGCGGAUUCGGGGAAGAUGAUUUAGGAAGGAGUGGCGCAGGAGCUGGUGCUGAGGGGGAGCUCGGUUGCAGUGAUGUGCCUGGAUGGGAUGAAAAGUUUGCGACCGUAACUACAAGCAGACAGGAUGAGAACCAGGCGGAAGCGCCAAAGAGUGGCACCGGAGUCCAUGCUGGUAACUCGGGUGCUCAAAAGACCGACGGUGGCGAAGUUUUACCAUCUGGCGAAGACGGCACUGACGAUCACUUGCAUCACCCGCUCCCGAGCUCACCUGUAUCGAAACCCGUCAAACGUGGCGAGCCUGCUCAUCGUAACGAAGACAGUAAAGGUCACGCUGAUAUACAAUCAUUGCAGGAGGGAGCAGAGAUUCACGGCAAGGUCGCACUUCUAAGCCGUGGUGGCUGCGGCUUCCUCGAAAAGGUGAAAUGGGCGCAAAGAAGAGGAGCCACCGCGCUCAUUGUCGGAGACCACACUCGUGGUGGUGCUUUGGUAACAAUGUAUGCACGCGGCGACACUUCAAACAUUAGCAUCCCCUCGGUUUUCACGUCGCAUACCACAGCGCACCUACUUUCAUCCCUCAUACCGCCGUUGGACGACGAUGGCGAUACCGCAACUGAUGACGUUAGUGCAUUGUCUGCAAGCAAAGAUCCUAGUUCAGACGCAGCGGACAUUGGCGAUGAAAGCAAGCCGACCUUCACCUCUGAUAGCCGUCCAAAGUCAACCUUGGUAAGAAAGGCUCCGAAAAUGCGCAAGAUUUCAACUACAAAAGCGCACCAAGUCAAAGAGGUGCCCAAGCCAGGCUUCUUCGCCUCAUUUAAAACCUUCUUCGGUUUUCGCCAAAAUUUGAAAGACGCAGGACUGCAUUCGGACAGUCGCAGACCUCCUAGCAGCGGUCGAAUUGAUUGGCAUGGUGACAAGCACAAGAAUGAAAAGGCGAAGGGCGCCAAGGCGAGCAGUACCACAUCAUCAAGUGCCAAGAGUAGCUCUGUAAAACAGGAGAAGAAAAAGUCCUCUCAUCAGAAGCCCAACGACGAUUUUGUGAUCGGAGUUCAGGACUGGCGAGAUCCUGACCUUGUCAAGCCAAAGGCCUCUAGUACAAAGAGCAUCAGUACAUCCACCACACCAACUCCUUUGUCCACCCAGGCGCUUUUGCAUAAAACUGGGAAGGAUGCCAUAUCGGAGCAAGUCAAUGCUGCUUUGUCUGGCGGAAGCAUUACUCCAGGUAGUGGAGAGUAUGGAAAGCCAGGGGAUAGUCCAGGGAAGUCAGCGAAAAACGACGAAGACUCCAGUGGAUCAGCUUCUGGGGGAGCAAACUCCAACUCAAACAAACAGAGUCAGAGUGAGCCGACAGAGGAGCAUGAAGGCCUCUGGGUUACAAUCACUCCUACAACAAUGUCUACGAGCCCAUUCUUCGACACCCUCCUAGUCCUUGUGGUCAGUCCGCUGGUCACGUUGACGGUCGUGUAUGCCCUGCUUCUCUUACGCUCUCGUAUUCGCCGUAGAAGGUGGCGAGCGCCCAAGUCGGUUGUCGAUCGGCUACCUAUUAGAACCUAUCAAACCAUGUCCACAUCGUCAACAGCAUCUUCUACACGCUAUGCUACCCCUGAGACCUCAUCACCAACGUCUCCGCUGCUUCAAAGCAGCCCACGCGCUGUCACAAGCCGGACAAGGCCUCGAUCAGCUACUACAACGGCAGUUGGAGACGCAGUAUCGGCGUCUUUGGAGAAAGCGACAGCCAAAGCUUCCAUUACGCAACAUGAGAAAUUACAUACGCCUACAAAGAAGCGAAAACAGUAUCGUUCAAAACAAGCUGAAUGUGUAGUCUGCCUUGAAGAGUAUGUCGAGGGGCACAGCCGUGUGAUGAGUUUGCCGUGCGGGCAUGAAUUUCACGCCGAGUGCAUAACCCCGUGGCUCACCACCCGCCGAAGGACAUGCCCAAUCUGCAAGGGCGAUGUAGUGAGGUCAAUGGCUCAACCGUCCUCGAGCUCUUCGAGAUCGCCCGCUAGUCGUGGGCAUCAGAGUUCAAACAACGAAGGCGAGAUCCAGACUCAAGCAGCAGAGACUGUUAACGAAUCGCCAACGGCUGCCAUUCCCAUCCCUUGCGACACUGAUCUAGAGCAGGGCGAAGAUCUUGCAGCCACACUAGUCAACGAUGAGGAACCAGAAUCCUCAUCAAGGUCAGGAUGGGCGGCAUUGACGUCAGUCAGCCUGGGUGCAUUCAGUGGUGAGGCCGCCGGGCGUAAGAAUCAUGAUCACCGAGAUCGAUAA